AUGGCGCUCCCUCUCAGCACUCUGCAUCGCAUCAGAGGGUCUGUUAAGGCAUCCUUGACUAGACUGGAUAGAACGUUACACAAUCCUGACACAGUCUUCAGUUUGGACAACCUACCAUCCUAUGAGGAAUUGCUCAAAGAGUGUCAGAAGAAGUUUGAUGAAGUUCAGCGCAACAUCUACCAUCAUCCAGAGGUAGAAACUGAUGAAGAUUUCGAGAAAGAAAGCCUUGAACAAGCCGACUUCGACGACAGAGUGGUAAUUGUACAGACGAAGAUUAAACAUAUUUAUCGAGUCGUCCUCAGGACUGAUAAAUCCGCUUCAAAUGAUACAUACACGGCUCAAUCAACACAAGAACAGAGCCAACUCUGCCAAGAACAAUUCAAACUCACACAGAAGAUGGUAGAGGCACUCGAUAACUUCAAACCGAGCAUUCAGCAAGUGAAACUUCCUCCUAUCGAUAUUCCUAAAUUCAGUGGAAAGUACAAUGAAUGGACAUCUUUCCGUGAUAUGUUCUCAAGUUCUAUUCACAACAACCAAAAUUUGCCUGAAGUUGAGAAAUGCAAGUAUUUGAUGGGUUAUCUGAUCGGAGAGGCGAAGUCUCUAGUCAGCCAUCUCAGUAUCACGGAACAGAAUUACAAGAUAGCCUGGGACAUUAUCAAAGAUCGCUUUGAGAAAAAGCAGAACAUAGUCACAUCUCACAUUCCGACAUUUUUCAACCAACCAGCUAUUGCUGGAGAGGCCAGUGCCAAAUCUCUCAGAUGA